GCAGAGUUCUCGGUGCCAUGGGCUGACCAUUUGCAGCUGACAGCAUGGAUUUGACCCACGAGUUCCGGCGCCUGGCCGGCGUGGACGCAGGUCCAGGUUUCCGGCCCCGACGCGGUGGAUUUAUGGACCACGCAGAGGUACAACGUGAACGCUUGAAGGAGUUGCGACGAUGCUUGGACAGGCAAGUGACGGGCGAACUCAACAGCAUCCAGGCCAGGGUUGCGCAGUUGGAAGCGUCUGUCGAGGACCUGAGCGACCUGGGCGACCUCGGAGAAGUGGUGACAGAGAGCCGGGACCAGGUGGCUCAUCGCCGUGGGGUCAUUACCUCGUUGUACGAGGAGCUACGGAGCCUUGCUGAAAAAGUGCAGAAAGAGCAGGUUAGCCAGCUUCAGCGUGAAGCAGAGGUCGCCAGCUUCUUUACGGCUCCCAUCGCCGCGAAGCCGCCCGUCCCGACAUUUGAUGACGUGCCUUUGCCCGUCGAGACCAACAAGUCAGCUCUCCGUGCAGAGGAGCAAAGGCUGCUGACUACCUUCACCACUGAUCUCGACAAGAUUCAGGAGACGAGGGCGAAGAUCGAGGAGGUCUCCUCCAUGGUGGGGCUCUUUGCCACCAAGGUUGCUGAGCAAACUGAGCAGAGUGAUGAGUGUUAUGACCUCACACAGCAGAGCACCAGCUAUGUUGAAGGAGCCCAGAAACACCUGGAGAGGGCUAUUGAGAAUAGCAACUCCUACCGCUUCUACGUGGUGUGUUGGUUUCUGGGGUCCGCGAUGUUCCUACUGGUCUUCGAUUACAUCGACGCACGCUGGUCUCCCAUCUGAUGGCGCCAAAGGUGUGACCGUGUCGAGCGCCGGAAAAGGUUGACGCC